GCACAGUUUCCACGCAUCAAGUUGCAAAGGGAGGCUGCUUUUUCAUUUCAUUUUCUCUUCUGACACUGAGAAAACUAUGGGGACUAAUUUUCUAUAUUAACUGCAUUUUGAACAAACAAAAUGGGGACUGUAAAGGAGCUGCUCCUUGCCACUUUGGAGGACAUGACGUCUGAUCAGUUAAGUACAUUUCAGUGGUAUCUUUACAGUAAUACUCUUCAAAAUCACCCACAUGUGUCCAGAUCGUGUCUCGAAGAAGCUAACAGGACAAAAACGGUGAAUGUUUUUCUAGACACCUACGGACUAAAUGAUGCGAUUGCGGUUACGGUGGAGGUUCUGACAAAAAUGAAGCUUAAAUACAAAGUGGAUUUACUUAAAGAGGAAUGUUCAAAAGUGCCAAGUGGCCAAGCUCAAGGCAAAGAUGACCUCUGUACAGUCAGCGAAAAACUCAAAUUCACACUGAAAAACAAAUACCUAAACAUUUAUGAAGGAAACAUGGAGGAAGGCAAGAGCAUCUACUUGAAAAAAAUCUACACAAAACUGCACAUUAUCGAAGGAGGAUUGAACGAGGCGAUGAAUGAAAACACUAUUGAAGUUAACGACAUCUUUAAGGCGAAACCAGGCCAGGACAAGCUCAUCCGAACCGUAAUAACUCUUGGAAUACCAGGAGUUGGCAAAACCGUAUGCGCCCAAAAGUUCGCCUUAAGUUGGGCAGAAUCCGAAAACAACCAGGACAUCAAUUUACUCUUCCCGAUCCCAUUCCGCGAGUUAAAUCCAGUUAGUAAAGAAAGCUACAGUUUAAUGCAACUUCUACAUCAGUUUUUUCCCGAAACCAAAUCCAUGCAAGUUCUCGGAGCGGACUUGAAGGUUUUGUUUAUAUUUGACGGCUUGGAUGAAACAAAUUUACCGCUGGAUUUUAAGCGCAACAAAGUACUACGAGAUGAGACGGAGGUGGCGUCGCUGGAUGUGCUCGUCACGAAUUUACUAACCGGAGAUUUGCUAAACAACGCUUUGAUUUGGAUAACAUCCCGACCCGCCGCCGCUAACGUCAUACCGAGAAAACACGUGCAGCAGUGGACCGAAAUCAAAGGUUUCACCACGGAGAAGAUGGAGGAAUAUUUUAGGAGGCGCAUACCUGACGAGAGUAGCGCUAAUAAACUAAUUAACCACGUGAAGUCGUCCAAAAGUCUUUACGCGAUGUGUCAAAUUCCCGUUUUUUGCUCGAUAACAGUCACGGUAGCCACGAAUAACGCGAACUUGACCAAAACGUUCCCAAGCACGUUAACGGAGAUGUACGUGCAACUUUUGCGAUGCCAAACGGACAAAUUACGAGAUAGAAACGAUUUGAACGAUGUCAGCGGCACCGUUUUGAAGCUGGCGGAGUUGGCGUUCCGUCAGCUUGAGAAAGACAGUCUGAUCUUUUACGAAUCCGAUCUGAAAGAAUGCAAUAUUGACAUAAAAGAAGCAGCUGUUUAUUCCGACGUUUGCACAGAAUUUUUCAAAAUGGAGGGUCGAAGAAGAAGAGAGAUUUUUACCUUCGUACAUUUGACCGUGCAAGAGUUUUUAGCAGCUUUGUUCGUGCACCAUUCGUACUCGCAAAGAAAAGAAAAUGUCCUACUUGGAUUUUUCCAGAAGGUGUACAACAAAUUUCUACCAAAAUCCAUGUUUAGCUUUCACAAAAGUGCGAUUGAAAAGGCGUUGUUGAGCGCCGACGGCCACUGGGACCUAUUUCUUCGAUUCUUGCUUGGGUUAUCGCUAAAUUCAAAUCAAGAACUCCUGGCUGGGAUCGUAGAUUUAGGUCAAGAAAACAGCGAAACAGCUCAAACUAUCGAAUUCAUCAAGGAAAAAAUCAAAGAGGACCCAGAUGUAAACACAAACCUAUUCCAAUGCCUUGGGGAGUUGAAGGAUGAUUCUUUAGUGCAGGAAAUACAAACUCUGGUGAAUUCGGGACGGUUAGCAGCCAAAGGACUAACCCCGGUGCAGUGGUCCACUUUGAACUUUGAACUCAUGACCUCGGAGGCGACAGAGGAGUUUGACCUGAAGAAGUACGUCAAGUCAGAAGAGGGUGUGGUUAAUCUGAAAGCAACGAUCACGGCGUCCACAAGAGCUCUGCUGGAUGGCUGUAAAUUGACUGAAUCGUCUUGUGUUGUUCUGGCGUCGGCUCUCUCCUCCUCGGAUUCUCGUCUGAAGGAGCUGGACCUCAGUGAAAACUCCAUCACAGACUCAGGCCUGAAGAGACUGAGCGAGGGACUCAAGAGCCCAAACUGCAAACUGGAGAUGCUCAGAUUGCAGAAGUGUAAGCUGACGUCUGGAUGUGGUGAAAUAUUGGCCGAGGUCCUGAGUUUGAACUGGACCAGACUAAGACUCUUGGACCUGAGUCUGAACGAGCUCCUUGAGUCUGGACUAAAGUCUCUGUGUGCAGGACUGAGACAACAGCGCUGUGCACUGCAAACUCUCAGACUGAACCAGUGCAAGUUAAACGACAAAUGUGGAGCAGAUUUGGCCUCGAUUUUAUCUUCACAGAAUCUGAAAGAGCUUGAUGUGAGCCACAACAGCCUGAGGGACAGUGGAGUGACUCAGCUCAGCUCUGCUCUGACCAGCCCCUCCUGCAAACUGGAGACUCUCAGACUGAGCAGCUGUGGUCUGACUCAGAAAUGCUGCCCUGUGAUUGGCUCAGCUCUGGGCUCGGACUCUGCCCCUCUGAAGGAGCUGGACCUCAGUGGGAACGACAUCCAAAACCUUCACCUUCUGUGUGAGGGCCUCAAGAGUCCACUGUGUAAACUGCACUCUCUCAGGUUAAAUGAUUGUAACCUUGAUGCUUGUUGUGAAGAUCUGGCCUCGGUCUUGAGCUGUGGCUCUUCUGAACUGAAGAACUUAGAUCUGAGCGGGAAUGACCUACAGGACCCUGAAAUCCAGCUCCUCUGUGACGGCCUCUCAAACCAACCGUGUAAACUGGAGGUGCUCAGGUUGUCUUUCUGUGGACUCACUGGUAAAAGCUGUACCUUCUUGUCUUCUGCUCUGAGUUCUGGUUUCUCUGAAUUAAAACACUUGGACCUGAGCUAUAACCACCUCCAGGACUCAGGAGAACUGCUGUCUGCUCAUCUGCACGACCCAGCCACUAAACUCAACAUUCUCCGUUUGGAGCCUGACGGAGAAUGUUAUAUCAAAUCAGCACUGAAAAAAUAUGCAUGUGAUUUGAGCCUGAACAGGGACACAGCCCAUAAGUCUCUGCUGGUCUCAGAGGAGGGGAGGAGGGUCUCCUGGCUCAGAGAAUCUCAACCGUACUCAGACCAUCCGGACCGCUUUGAGACCGUGGGCCAAGUCCUGUGUCACCAGGCUCUCACCCACAAGCACUACUGGGAGGUGGAGUGGACCGGGCGCUGGGUGGACAUCGCCGUCGCUCAGAGGGGCAUUCGCAGACGAGCCGGGUACCACCUGUGCGGGUUUGGCUCCACAGACCAGUCCUGGAGCUUAUACUGCUGUGAGGACUACUACAGCGCUUACCACGACGGGCAGAAGGAGGAGAUACCAGCCCAGAGAGGAGGGCCUCGGAGGGUGGGCGUGUACCUGGACUGCCCCGCUGGUACUCUGUCCUUUUACAGCCUCCGCUCAGGGAGACUCAAGCAUGUGUACACGUUUAACAGCACUUUCACCGAGCCUCUGUACCCCGGGUUUGGCAUGGAGGAGGACGACUGCUCGGCCACGUUAGUCAACCCGCUACAGAGUGAAUGACUUUGUACGAUCAUGGACGAUAAACUUUGUGCGCACUCAUAAGCCUCCAACCCCAUCAAAAAACGACUGCGCGCCCCACAAUUCAGAGCGCCCUAUACACGAAUCCACUUCAGUAAACUACAAAGCCGCACCACUCACAGCGCACGCAAACACGCACGGCGAAGACAA